AUGUGUUUUUCCCGCACCUGCUGUUUGCAGAAAGCGCAAGAGGAGAAGGUAGCCAGCGGAACCAAGAAAAGAGGAAAUGAAAAGAAGAGCAAGUUAUUCUGUCCAAUGGACUGCGUCAGAGAGAAGUGCCACAACCAGCUCAGUCAUCCAACUCAGUGCUACAAAUUAGAGCAGAGGGGAAGUCAAAUUCAAAAAAUCUGCGAGCCGUUUGUGGACCUGCACAGAGGCACAUGUCCAAGUGACUUCCACCAUUGUGCCAUAGCUGAGCCGGAGAGGAACAAAAAAUAUUCUAUCUUUGCCUCGGGCGGACGCGGACAAACACCUCAGUUCAUCACCAUUCGGGGAUACAACUUGCACGAAUGUCUGCAGCUGCUCGUUGUGAAUAAGGGAUCCACGUGCUCCCCAAGCACCAUCGAAAAAAACAUUUUGGAAUCCGAAGGCAUACUGCUGGAGCCUGUCUUCACGAAAUUGCUUCACAACGAGAUCCUCCUGGAGAACAUCAAGAUUAAUAACCCUGGGGAGUACAACAUCUGCUUGGCGCAGUUCUACCACCAGCCGGACGCGGAAGAUCUACUCACUGAGAACGCUUCCAACAGGAGCAGCAAGCCGAGCAAGCCUGGCAGGACAAAUAAGGCGCAGAAGAACGACAUACAAAUUUUGGGCAUCGAUACCAUAGGCACCUUAUACGUGCUGCCGCUCCCCUCAGGGAAGUAG